AUGUAAUAAUUAAAGAAUAAUUACAUUGGAUAUCUAAGAGAUGGACUGCAGAUGAACAAAGUGGAAAUGGAGGAUUAUGGCGGGAUGUUUGGAAUUAAGGCCAUUGAUAAUAUUAAAUCUGGAGAAUAUGUCAUCAAGGUUUCCCAUAAUUAUGCAAUAAGCGCAUUCACAGUAUUCCAAAAUGAAUAAUGUGUAGACAUAAUGAAGAAGAAUCCUCAUAUCUACCCAUCGUUGCAAUAAAUUGGGAAUAAGAAGAGUGAUUUUCAGACGUUAAUCCUUUAUCUCACAGUGCAAAGACAUGGAAAAUUAAAGUCAAUAUUUGAUCUCUCAGCAAAUCCUACUUGCUUACUUGACUGCGAUCAACCAAUUCCAUUUGAUUAUUUGAGAGAAUUGAAACAAGAAUUUGAGGAAGAAUAUAAGGCAGCCAAAGACGAGGUGAUGGAAAUAGGGUUGAAUUCUGAGGAUUAUGAUUGGGCAUAUAGAUAUUGCAUGAAUAGAAGAUUGAGUGUUAAUAACGAUUAUCCUUUCUCAUUUUUAGUACCUAUGGUAGAUAUGAUAAAUCAUGGAAAGAACAAAGCAAUAUUUGGUUUAGAAUAAGAGAAUUAUUAACCAGAAGAAUACAUUUAAAAUAAUUAUAUGAAAUUUAAAUACAUUUCUCAAAAUAAGUAUUGGUUUAGUUAGGAAGAUUAAGAAAUAAUAGAGAGUCUACAUGUAAAUGAGAGUGAGAGGUGUUCUAAAACAUUGAAUAGAUUGUUGUAGUAACUCUUUCAGGAACUACUUAGAACAGGAUCCUCAGAUAUAUGGAUUACAAAAUUGAUGAUGCCUGAUGAUUCAGAGGAUGAAGAUGAACCCACUACUGAUCAAAGCAACACUUAAUCGCAAUAAUUAAAUACCAAAGAUUCGAAAGUCUAAGCUGCAGUCAAUGAUGAUUACCUUAGAGAUUACUAUGAAUAGUCCUUAGAUUAAAGUGAACAUGAUUGGUACACAAAUAUCCAACAGUAGACUCUCAAUUGUCCAGCUUACCUUACAGCAAGAGCUGUGGAUGAUAUUGAAAAGGGAGAGUAGGUCUUGAAUUUGUAUGGAUGUUUAGGUAAUGAGCAUCUAUUGAUGUAUUAUGGAUUUGCACUCAGUAAGAAUAAGUAUGACAGAGUUAAAUUCAGGAUAUUUAUGGAUUGCAGUACGAAAUAUGAUUUUCUUACAAACAUUGAAAAAUUGGUUUAAUUACAUUAUGUUCCAUAUAAAGAACUCCUAAAUCUAAACACCAGAGGGAUUAGUCUUAAUUAAUUAACUUCUGAAUUUAAAAUAAAGAAAAGCUAAUUUAAUUUGGAUUUGAUGAAAUUCCUAAGGACAUAUCUCUAGUUGUUAGAUGGAGAUGAGUUAAUCAAUGAAGAAACUAUCAUAGUUCUAUAUAGAAGAAUCAUUAAUUCUUUAUACAAAAAGAUUUCAACUCCGAUCAUUCCUAAAGACUCAUAUUGGGGAGAACAACUUUUUAACUAUUAAACUUCAAAAGCAAGAAUCUUGAAGGCCCACUUAGAAAUGAUAGACAAUUUGACAACUAAACCAGAGAAGAUGGAAAUCAAAGUGUUUAUGAGAUUAAGAGCAUAUUUACUUAAAUAAAACUGA